AUGCAGAGUUUACUGGACUCUUAUUUCAACAAAGCCAGUGCAAGCAGAUCAGCUGAUAAAAUGUCUGCACCAUCAAAACUGGGAGUUGACGAGCCAAACCCUAAGAAACGCAAAUUGGAGAUGAGUGCAACAGAAUGCAUGAGAAGAUCAGAGUCUGUUGAGGGUACUUACUCGUUGACCAAUCCGUUGACCUUGUCAAAAUCAGCUGUGGAUACAAAUAAAGGUUUGUACCCACGAAGCGAUCGGAAAUCUAGCAAACGUGAUGCCAAGAGGUCACAGUUCUGCAGUUCCACUCAGUUUUCUAAAGCAAAGAAACAAACUUCUUUGUUGUCUGCGACGUCCUGGUCAAGUUUAUCGCAACCAACAAAAUCUAGCAAUGCCACAAUAUCAAAUCCACUGCCAAGUACACCUACCAAACAAUAUCCUCACACGGUCACUCGACCAACUUUGAAAACAUGUAGUUCUGUCCAAACCUUCAAUGUCAAGGACGCUAUGGCGUUAAAUGCUUCGUCAAAACAACCGAUAAUAAGUAAGAAAGUGAAUGCAUCAAGUUCAUCAUCUACAUUGCAUUUCACUUCUAGUCAAUUUCAACAAACCAGUAAUGCUUCACGGAAAACUGGGCAUAUGCCAGUGACAAUGCACAGACAGUAUCAAUCACCACAGAAGACACCAUCAACUACACAGCCACUCAUACAUACAAAAGUCUCACCAAAAGCAUGGUCACCGACUUCAGAAGUUUACAUUACACCGCCAAAACCAGCAAGGCCUACCAAUGCCUGCUUGUCAUCUCCUAAAUCCUGGUCAUAUGGAGACAUCGAUAGCAAAGUAUCACCAGGUACAGCAAUCAAACAGAAAAGUGUGGUGAAGUCUAUGACAAGCUUAUUCAAUGAGAUGCCUGUACUCAGUACUGACACAAGAAAAACUGCAGUCACCAACGAAAGUAAUGGCAAUGAGGUGGACAUUAACCUCAUUGCUUUUGAAAAUGACACCGAACUAGAUGAUAUUUUUGCUUCUCAGCCGGACACUUUUGGAUUAUUAGGGGAAGGAAGCAAAGCAGAAGAAGAUGAAGAAGAAGAUUUCAAUUAUUUUUAUAAUGCAAAGUAUGAGAUACCGGAUGAGGUUGUUGAGAACAUCUUUAGUCAGCUGCCAAUGAUUGAUCUGUGUCUUAAUGUCAACCUUGUAUGUCAGAAGUGGAAUGACAUCAUUGUAAACUCAAAGUUCAUUCCUUGGAAGAAAAAAUAUCACAAAUUGAAAUUGAAGGAUCCUGAGACAUAUGAUGAAAUAAUGGAAAUGAUGAGAAGUAAUCACAUGAUGUCUUACAAUGACUGUAUUCUUCAGAUAGUCAGAUAUUUGGCUGGAUUUACCAGACGAUCCAAUGCAUUUAUGGUGGAUCAUCUAAGAAAACAUCCUCAAUUUGACUUUGCUAUGGAAGUUUUGCAUGAAAAGUUGCCAGAUACAAUAACACAUGGAUACCCGAGCCCCUGGUCAUUGAUUGGUAUGUUAGUCAUCCUGUCAGAGAAGGUGAAAGACAUACAGCAAAUAUUACAUGGUUUAUUACAUAAUACAACGACUACACUGGCCAUGGAUCUUAUUGAGUGUCUUUACUGCAUUGCCACUUUUCUCUUUGCCUUACAUGGCAUACAUAAUAUAAACAGAGGAAUUCAUUACAGAGUUUUCUAUGCUCUGUAUCUACAUGAGAAUGCCAAGAUAUCUACCCCAUCUGAUUGGAACGAAAGCGUUGGUAUGGGUACAAACGGACAACAAUCUCUUCUAAGAUAUGGCACUGGCUUCCAUGGUAAAGUACGUUUAACACAUGAACAGACGAGAAUCGUCAAGUAUGACUGCAUCAAAAAUGACAUUGUUAAGAUUAUGGCAUUUGCUGGUACUGGCAAGACUACAACUUUAAUAGAAUACACGAAGAGAAGACCCAAUCAGAGUUUUCUCUAUGUUUGCUACAACAAGUCCGUGCAAGAACAAGCUCAAGGUGUAUUUCCACACAAUGUUACCUGUAAAACUAUUCAUUCACUGGCAUUCCAGCAAUGUGGCAGAAGGUUUUCUAAACAGCUUGUACCAGAUAUCAAAACAUAUUAUGUUACUCAAAAUCUGCCAACGAAACGAUCCAAUUUUACCCGUGGUAAAUACGUGAAAGAAGCCUUGGAUUCGUUUUUAGCAUCGGCCGAUGAGUUUAUAUCAACGGCGCAUGUAGCAGAAACAUUCAUGGAUGCGAAUGGAUUGAUUCAAGAAUUGUCACAUAAAGAGAGAAUGGAUAUUGUAGAAGAUACAGAGUAUAUAUGGGAUAAGUUUUGUGAUGCUACUGAUUUGAAAAUCCGCAUGACACACGAUGGUUAUUUGAAGUUGUUUCAGUUGAGUAAACCAAACCUUGGUCAGUUUGAUUGUAUUUUGAUUGAUGAAGGUCAAGACUGUACCCCAGCUACUCAGAGUAUAUUGUUUAGUCAGGAUUGUCCAAAGAUACUUGUUGGUGAUCCACAUCAACAAAUUUAUUCUUUCAAAGGUGCCAGGAAUGCAAUGAGAGAGGCACCAGCGUCCUGUAUAUUCUACUUAACACAGUCAUUCCGAUUUGGACCACAAAUUGGUUACAUUGCAGCAUGUUUACUGGAGAACUUUAAAAAAGUGGACACUAAGACAAUAGUUGGUAAUGAUAGUGAAGAUGGUGUAUACGGUGAUAAGGUUGGCCAGGUUGCGGUCGUUACAAGAUAUAAUUAUACUCUGUUCAAUGAAGCAGUCGCUAUUGCCUACAACAGUACUAACCAUAGAAUGGCCUUUGCUGGGGGAAUGAAAUAUUUAGAGGAUUUACUAAGUAGCAUUGAAGACAUAUACACACUUUUCGGAGGUUAUAGUGCCAAACCUCGUGAGAUUAAGAACAAGUUCAUCAAGAAGUUUAAGUUCUUCAGUAAAUUAAAGGAGUAUGCUACAAAAGUACAGGACCAUGAAUUAUUGUAUAAGAUAAAGAUUGUAGAAUUACACCAUAUCAAAAUUCCUGAUCACUGUGAGAAGAUAAGAAGUAAAGCUUCAAGCAAUAUGAAGCUGGCAGACAUUGUGCUAACUACUGCCCACAAGUCUAAAGGCUUAGAGUUUGAUACUGUGAAACUAACUGAUGACUAUUUGAUGUUGAAUGAUGGAGAGACAUUCAUUAAUCUUCCUGAAGAUGAACUGAAUUUAAUGUACGUUGCUGUGACCCGUGCCAAGAAGAGGCUUCUCAUGAACAAAGCAUUAUAUACAGCUUUAAGCCAAAUUGAGGAAAAUUUUGUGUUUGCUGCACCCAGUAAGAAACUGGUGUGCGAAGCUGAAGGUGUGAAAUGUUAUCAUAAAUACUGCUUUCACGUUCCUGUUACAACUAGCACAGUCGUGUUACACAGAAACAAAAUUAUUUUGAGUAGUGGGCAUGAGUUGAAUGCUGGAGUGGCAUGUGAUGACCAUUUGUGUAUUCCACCUGGAUUUGCCACAUUACUAAAGCCAUCUGAUGAAAAUGAGAAAAGAAAGACGGAAUAACAUCACCUGUUGGGAGACAGAGUUGCUCAAUUUUUCCAUCGUGAUAAGAGAACUGAAGCAAAAUGAUGGGAAUGACAUGC